CUCAGUCUCUUAGUGGAACGUGUGAGAUUUUCCAGUCACAUCUUACACUUCGAUGUGCUUAGAUACUACCGAGAAGGCUCAUUUGUGUUCUCUCUCCUCACAUGGUAUUUUCUAGGAGCCGCUGCGGUUGUUUCCCACACAGAGGAGCUCUCUCAUGGAGUGACUUCCUGGGUCUUCAGGCAGCCAUGGAGGAUAAACCGUCUGUCUGGGGCUCUUUGAAACAGUGGACCAGGCCUUUGUUAAUCAACCUGAGCAAGAGGAGGGUGAAAAAGAACCCAAACAAGCCCCUAGACCUACGGGCAAGGCGUUCCCUGGACCGCCGCCUCAGCCUCUCUGUCCCUGACCUCUUGGAGGCUGAGGCCUUGGCCCCAGAGGGCAGGCCUUACUCUGGGCCCCAGUCAUUGUACACCUCGGUGCCCCGCAGCCUGUCGAUGGCGGGGAUCUUGCCCAAGAGCAGCAGUAGCUCCUUGAAACAGUCUGAGGAGGAAUUGGACUGGAGCCAGGAAGAAGCCGGAUACCUCCGUGUGGUGGAAACGGACUCCGAGGAGUCCUAUGCCUCUCCCGCCGAGGACAGGAGGCCUUCUAGCAAUGGCAUCCUGGAUCUGCUGCAGAAGACGCCGGCUGGAGACGAGGCCCUGGAAGAGCCAGAGAAGCUAUGUGAAAGUGGUGAUCUGAAUGCUUCUCUGACAUCCCAACAAUUUGAAUAA